GACGACUCCGAGGCCGGCGACGAUGGUGAAGCCCGUGGUGAACGCCAACAUGAACAAAACCUUCCGCGAGGUGGUGGGGCGCUUCGUGGGUGCACCGCCGCAGCUGUCGCACAAGCAGAAGGUGCAGCGUGUGUACAAGAAGUCGCUCAAGACGCUGGACUCAUGGGUCAUCGACCGCCGCCUCUGGAACGAGGAGGCCACCAAGAUCCGCGCCGAGUUCGACGCCAACAGCAAGCUGGACCCGGAGUCUGGUCUGGCCAAGCGUCUGGUGCGUGAAGCUCAGGAGAAAGUGGACCACUACACGCACCCGGACCGCUAUAUAUUCAACUACAUGCCCGGUGGCAGUCUCUUCAUGCGUAACGCGCCCAUCCCGCUGGACGUGUGUUUCCCGGACGGCAACAUCCCCGAGGACGUGGAAUUGUCGCCGCUCGAGGGCAUCAACAUCGACAUGACGCCACUGCCCGCCAAGGACACGGUCUUCGUCGACUUCUCCAAGAAGGGCUACGACUAAAGUGCAGAUGACACAAAAGGAGUUCAUUGUUAUCUUUUUCUUAGCAAUUGCAACGUGAGAAAAAUCAAGACAGAAAUGGGUAAUUUGUGAUU